UGAUGUUUUGACGUUCCGUUCCGUGGUAUACGUUAUGGCAGGAGUCUGAGAAUUUGGAAAAGUUCAAAAAUUAAAUUGAAAUGGUGUCACCAAAAGCAGUAAUAGGGAUAUGUGCAGGUGUAUCAGCUACUCUUUUCCUAGGUUAUUGUAUAUAUAUCGACAAACAAAGACAUAAUGACCCAGAUUUCAAGAAAAAGCUUCGACAAAGACGCAGAGCUAAGAAAGCCGCAGCUUCGUCAGGAAAACAUGCAACCACAGCAUUCCCAGAUAUGAAAGACCAUGAAGCAGUACAAAGAUUUUUCUUGCAAGAGAUUCAACUUGGGGAGGAAUUAUUAGCUGCAGGUGACCUUGAAAAUGGAGUUGACCAUUUGGGUAAUGCAGUAGCAGUAUGUGGGCAGCCAAAUGAUCUUUUACAAGUCUUGCAACAGACACUACAACCAAAUGUGUUCCACCUUCUCAUUCAGAGACUUCCUGCAGUGGCACCACGUCUCAUGAAAGCACAAACAGCACCUAGUUCUUCCAUGCAAGAGGAUGAUGUGGAGUGAAAAGAACUGCCUUUAUUAGUCUUGUGUCAUUAGAUAUUCUAUGUACCUAUUCAUCUUUAUUGUUGAUGUGACAGUGUUAUAAAAUGGAUGAACAGAGCAAUACUAUUUAAUUUUUCCAUAUCUUGUAUAUUAAAUUUAGUGUUUUCUGCAUUGAAUAAAAAUGAUAUAUAACUAGUA